AUGUCUACUUCUGUAAAAUCCCGAGAUGUUUGUAUUGUUGGUGUUGCACGGACGCCAAUGGGCGGUUUGCUUGGCACCAUAUCAUCUCUCUCUGCUACAGAGUUAGGCUCGAUUGUUAUUGAGAAUGCUCUCAAGAGAGCAAAUGUUGAUCCAUCGCUUGUGCAAGAGGUGUUCUUUGGGAAUGUUCUAAGUGCAAAUUUAGGGCAGGCUCCUGCUAGACAGGCUGCAUUAGGUGCAGGAAUACCUACAUCUGUAAUCUGCACCACUAUUAACAAGGUGUGUGCAUCAGGGAUGAAAGCUACCAUGCUUGCAGCACUGACUAUACAAUUCGGUCUCAAUGAUAUUGUUGUGGCUGGCGGUAUGGAAAGCAUGUCAAAUUCACCUAAGUACAUUGCUGAAGCCAGGAAAGGAUCUCGGUAUGGACACGAUACUAUCAUUGAUGGUAUGGUCAAAGAUGGCCUUUGGGAUGUCUAUAAUGACUUUGGCAUGGGAGCUUGUGCAGAACUGUGUGCAGAUCAACAUGCCAUAACAAGAGGCGAGCAGGACUCUUAUGCUAUUCGAAGCUUUGAGAGAGGAAUAUCUGCACAAAAGGCUGGUCAUUUUGCUUGGGAGAUAGUUCCGGUUAAGGUUUCCAGUGGAAGAGGGAAGCCUUCCUUGGUGGUUGAUAAUGAUGAAGGUUUGGGGAAGUUUGAUGCUGCAAAAUUAAGGAAGCUUCGACCAAGCUUUAAACAGGAUGGAGGUUCUGUGACUGCUGGCAAUGCUUCUAGCAUAAGUGAUGGUGCUGCUGCAUUAGUCCUAGUGAGUGGAGGAAAGGCACGUGAGCUUGGAUUGCAUGUAAUUGCAAAGAUAAAAGGAUAUGGGGAUGCAGCUAAGGAACCUGAAUUAUUUACAACUGCUCCUGCUCUUGCCAUACCGAAAGCUAUAUCAAAUGCUGGCCUCGAGGCUUCCCAAAUAGAUUAUUAUGAAAUAAAUGAAGCUUUUUCUGUUGUGGCUCUAGCAAAUCAGAAGCUGCUUGGUCUUAAUCCUGAAAAAGUUAAUGUACAUGGUGGAGCUGUAUCACUGGGGCAUCCCUUGGGUUGCAGUGGAGCUCGCAUCUUAGUCACAUUAUUAGGGGUAUUGAGACAGAAGAGAGGGAAGUAUGGUGUUGCUGCCAUCUGCAAUGGGGGAGGAGGAGCAUCUGCUGUUGUCCUUGAGCUCAUGCCAAUUGCUGUGGGACGUUCUUUAUUAUGA